AUGUGCCUAUUUCCCCGAUCUUUCUUCCGAGUUUUCAGCUCGGCCUUCCGGGCAGGAGAGCUCCUGCUGGUUGGAGGAGGAGGACAGAGAGUCAGCAGGGGCGUGGCCUCGGCGCAGGGGUGGGCGUGGCUUCAGAUGAGCGGGGCGGGGCCUCGGCGAGAGCCGCGCCAGUCGGUGCCCCCAGGCGAGCGCGGUCCGCCUCCCUCUCGGUCAUCCGUCCGGAGUGCGGCCGGCGGGCAUGUCCGAUCCACCAGGGGCGCCGCCUCCGGCGCUCGCGGGCCGCGGGUGAAGAAGAAAGUGCGACCUCGCUCGGCCCAGAGCAAAGAGGUGGUCCGCAGCGAAGAGGUGGCCGCGAGCGAAGAGGUGGCCGGGAGCGAGGAAAUGGCGGCAGCCGGGCUCAGCGUGACCGUCACCCACAGCAAUGAGAAGCACGACCUUCAUGUUACCCCACAACAGGGCUGUAGUGAACCAGUUGUCCAAGACCUGGCCCAGGUUGUUGAAGAGGCCACAGGGGUCCCGCUGCCUUUUCAGAAACUCAUAUUUAAGGGAAAAUCUCUGAAAGAAAUGGAGACGCCCUUGUCAGCACUUGGAAUACAGAAUGGCUGCCGGGUUAUGUUAAUUGGGAAAAAGAAUAGUCCGGAGGAAGAGGUAGAACUAAAGAAGUUGAAAGAUUUGGAGAAGUCUGUGGAGAAGAUAGCCGACCACCUGGAAGAGUUGAACAGAGAGCUGACUGGAAUCCAGCAGGGUUUUCUAGCCAAGGAUUUGCAAGCUGAAGCUCUCUGCAGACUGGAUAGGAGAGUAAAAGCCACAAUUGAGCAGUUUAUGAAGAUCUUGGAGGAGAUUGACACACUGAUUCUGCCAGAAAAUUUCAAAGACAGUAGACUAAAAAGGAAGGGCUUGGUGAAAAGGGUUCAGGCGUUCCUCGCCGAGUGUGACACGGUGGAGCAGAACAUCUGCCAGGAGACGGAGCGGCUGCAGUCCACAAACUUGGCCCUGGCCGAGUGAGCCCCUCCAGGUCUAGAUGGACUGCUUACAGGACAUGAGCAAACUGUGAUGUGACUGGUGAGCAUGAUGGGGGGAUGAGGGAAC